AUGGCCAAUCCCAACUCCCCCUCACCGUACCUUGCCAUCGUCCGAUCGCGCUUCUCAAGCUCGGUGCCGCCUGGUGUCCAGCAAGCGCAUCAUCUCCAAAGCAUGGACUCCGAGAUACACUCUAUCGCACUCGCUCUGGCAGAAGCACGUCGAAUAAGGAACACGAGCGUCGGGGCUUGUCGUCUUCCGCCCGAAAUCCUCACGCAAGUAUUCGAGGAUGCACAAGAGCAGUGGAAGCCUGAUCGCGAAGUUGAGGAGGAGGAAAAGGAGGAGGACGAGGAGGACGAGGAGGACGAGGACGAGGACAAUGAUGAGGUGGAGGACGAGAAAGGGCAUGAUGUGUUUACUGCAGGGUGGAUGGUGGUCACACAUGUAUGUGCGUACUGGCGCAAGGUCGCGCUGGAAACUCCAUCGUUAUGGUCAGAAACAGGGAUUGACGUCUUUAGCAUCCACCCGGGAUACAUUCCCGAUAUCAUGGAGCGCUGUCGUGGACGUCCGAUCACUCUACAUGUCAACCCCGAGUCAAUUAGCUCUCAUAACGAAUAUCACGCCUUGAAAGAUACCCGUGUAGACGCCUGGAUCUCGCCUCAUGUGCUCAGUCUCACCAAGGAUCUCACGAUUUCUGCGCCUCCUUCGUUUUUGGACCACACCGCCUUUAAGCUUCCCACUGAAUGGACACAUCUACGGAAGCUUUACCUCGAAACUAACAGCUAUGCAAGCUACGAAUACGUCGCACCGGCACCAUUUGGAGCGCUCGACACCGUCACAGAUCUAACUUUGAGCGCCUGUUCGAUACCAUGGCAAUCCCCAAUCUUCUCGUCGUCUCUCACGCGCCUUGUUCUGCUUAGCCGAGGCAGUGCAUCGUACCCUCAGACGUACAUCACACUCCGCGACCUGCUGUCCCGCACACCGCGCCUUGAGGUCCUUGAAUUGGAGAACAUCGUGCCGAAACCGCCGUCUGACCAGCACUCGGACCUCGCUGUUGAUCUUCCUGUGACAAUGCGUAGGGUGUCAGUCGAGGUGAUACGACCUGACUUUGUGGUGAACGGACUAUUGUUCAUGAGGCAUAUUCGGCAUCCCCCUCGUUGCUCCAUCGACUUCUCUAUCUGGCCCGGACCGUCUCUGGUAGAGAACCUUGCUGUGAACAGCGUGCUGCAAGAGUUUUUGCAGCAUAUGCAGUCGAAAAGCAAUGUCACCUCACCACAGCGCCUUGUGUUGAGCCAUAACACCCUCAUCACUGCUUCGACUGAUGUUAUCGCGACAGACGGCCCGCAUGCAGUGUCCUCUACCACCUUACCCGCAGACACUAUCAUAAACGCCUUUGCCAUAACGGAGUCAGGAUACACUCGUGCCGAUGAUAAAGUGAUCAUCUACGAUAUGGCCCCCCUCCUGAAAUGCAUCCACCUCGGGAAGCUGCGGGCAGUGGCCUUUAGUUCCGAGACGAUCCGCGCUAUCAGCUCGCAAAACCUCUGGACGACGUUUCUCGCUGGCAGCGAUGUGCAUCAGAUCAAUUUGGAAUCGCCGUACGAGCCGGUUUCGGCGCACUUCUUCGAUUUGCGACGUGCGCUGUGCCAUCGUUACUUCGUCGAGUCGACAGAUGAUUCGCACUGGAAGCUUCUUUUCCCUCGCCUGCAGACGUUGGUGCUGCACCUUACCGAUGGAGACGUCGAAAAUGCGAAGUUUGUUAUCUCACUCGUCGAGCUGAUGCGCACAAGAGCUGAGCUGGGCGCGCCAAUGCAGGAAGUCCUGGUCCCGCGUGAACUCUCAUAUGGCCCGCUGUGGGAUAUCUUGCGCGCGACAGUGAAGGUUACGCCGGUCACUUGUAGUCGUACGGUGUUCGGAAGGAAAAGAUCGGUGUGGAUAAAAGCCACUCGAGCUUAA